CCGCUUGGUUGGAAGCGAACGUGCGUGCUAAGGUCGUUGAUCGCGCAACAUAGGGCAGUUUGAGUCAUCAUCGUUAGCUAACUUACCUACGCACAUUACCGGGAAGCGUUGUCGGUAGAUGUUCAUACUUGGCCACUAAGACGCAAAACGAGCAACUUAUGUGUGUUAACCAGAUACGUAACGUUAGUUAAUCUAAGGUGUCGGUUAAACUUGACAACCGGCAACUCUGUUAGCUGGUUAGCACAUUAAAUGUUAGUAAUUGUUAGAUGUCUAAUUGUAAAAUGUUAGUCUGAGGAAAGCAUAAAAUCCCUUUGUAAUUGAAGAAAGACAGACAUUUUUCACAUUUCCUUAUUUUACUUGAAUUAAGAUAAUUGAGGGUACGUUUUGUUGCUGACUGAGCCAGACACACUUAACGUUAGGUCCGGCUAUCUUGCCAGUCAUUUGCUUGAUAAGGUGAUUAACCCUAACCGAAGGUAGGACCCUUCAAGGCAAAAUGAAAAGUCUUCCUUAUUUUUGUCGAGGAGAGGUGAUUCAUGGAUUUGGCAGAGGAAGCAAAGACUUAGGUAUUCCCACAGCAAAUUUCCCAACAUGCGUAGUGGAGCAGCUUCCGGCAGACAUCAGCACAGGCAUCUACUACGGCUGGGCCAGAGUGGACAAUGGUCCCGUUCACAAGAUGGUGAUGAGCAUUGGCUGGAACCCGUACUUCAAAAACACAAUGAAGUCUAUGGAGACCCAUGUGAUCCACAAAUUCAAAGAAGAUUUCUAUGGGCAGACCUUGAGUGUGGUGAUGGUUGGCUACAUCAGACCAGAGAGAGGCUUUGACUCGCUUGAUGCUUUGAUCACAGCAAUCCACAAUGACAUAGAAGAAGCCAAGCAGAAACUGGACCUUCCUGAACACCAGAAACUUAAGGAGGACAACUUCUUCAAGGACCUCUUUACCGUGCCAGUGGACAAGACCGCAACGUCAACAUCAACAAUAUCAACAGAAUCAAACCAUAUCAUAAAUGGCCACUGUGUGUGUGUGUGUGUGUGUGUGUGUGUGUGUGUGUAUGUGUGUGCAUGCAUGUGUGCGCGUGUUUACAGUCCUCCUGUGAUCAGUGCUUUCACCCCUCAAGAAGCAGAAAGGAAAGAGAGGGUGAUUUGAGGGUGAUUUGAUGGAUGGAGAGAUGGUGAUUUAGGGAAAGAGUGCAAGGUAGACGAAGGUCAAGAGGGAGAGAUAGAGGAGUGAGGAGUGCUGCUAUCUGAGUGGCUUAGUGCUGGAGACUCCCAGUGGAAAGUCCAUCAGCUCAGGGUCAUCGAGGAGAGGAGGGGCCUUUAUCUAUGAGAGACUGAAGGAGAGAGAGAGAGAGAGAAACGUGCUGGCUGAAUUCAUAUGGUGACUCUGCCAAAAGCAGUUUGUAAAUAUUUCUGAUCAUAAUCAAUUGGUUAAUGUAUACAAUUUUGAUUUGUAUAGAAGAGUAUCAUUUAUGAUUGUUGGCUUUCCUACAUCUGUGAUUGAGGUGAGCGAGAGCAGUCUGUAUGAGAAAGCUGGCUUUAGAGAGAGAGAGAGUGUGUGUGUGUGUGUGUGUGUGUGUGUGUAUGUGUGUGUGUGUACAGCUGAGUUAGCUUUGUCUGCCCCCAGAAGCAUUUAUCCCACGCCUGUCACGGCAUUAUGCACCUGUACCAUAGAUCUAAGAGUCCUCAGAUGUAACGCACUGAACCCCUGCUUCUUGUGAGACGAGUGGAGACGUGGUCGUCACAGUCUGUUCCUUCAUCCAGCCAUAAUUAGUGAUAGAUUAGGGGGCCUGUAUCAAGGCUAGCCUGUCUGGAGGCCUUUGACUUCCUCUCUCUUUCCUGUUCACUGUUUAUGCAGAAGCAAUUUUCUGUCACCAAUAAUGCUAUAUAAGCUCACAUACACACAGUCAUAGUCCCUUUCACACAGGAAUAAAUUGCUGUAUUUAACUGUAAGUUACUGACCUCAGGUGAAAAUGAACAAUUUGAAAGAACUCAAUAAAAGGUUACUGCUCAAUCUGUCAUGACUCCCAUUUUAAACUUCCAGUAAUUUGUUAAUAUAUAUAUUUCUAUAAGUGUAUAUAUAUAUAUAUAUAUUUGUUUUUGUGAGUAUGUAUGUAUGAUAGAGUUCAUACUCCUUAGGAGUUUUCACCUCUGCCAUUCUGAUUGCUGUGAGUCUGUCUCCAGGGACCAGCCUUACUGUGUGUGUGUGUGUGUGCACGCUCAAUUAUCCUGCCUGCAACUGUAUGCCGCUGCCUGGUAUCCUGUCCUAAUUAAAUCAAUGGAAUCUG